CCAGCCAUUAUAAUAGAAGCUACGAUUCAUGCCAGAGAAUGGAUUUCACCUGCAUCAGUUCUAUACUUUGUUGACAGAUUAUUGGGCUCCUCCGCCUCAGAUUCACAAUUUAUGUUGAAUAAUUUUGAUUGGUAUGUUUUACUUGUCGCUAACCCUGAUGGUUAUGAAUACACACAUACAGACUAUCGAAUGUGGAGGAAAAAUCGUAGUCCCGGAAAUGGUAAUUGUUAUGGUGUUGAUUUAAACAGAAAUUUUGAAUUCCGUUGGGGACUUACUGGUACUAGUAAUAACUGUGGUAGUGAUAUUUACCUCGGACCAUCGCCAAUGUCAGAAGUUGAAUCAAGAAAUAUUAAAGAAAUGGUAGAUACAGUUCAAGAUGGUGGAACUCGUGCUAUUGGAUUCUUGGCCGUACACUCCUAUUCUCAAAUGAUAUUAUUACCAUAUUCUUUCAAUUAUAAUGAAAGGCCUCCAAAUUCUAAUGAAUUGGAUAACUAUGGCUAUGCAGCUGGUAGUGCAAUGUCUGCAGUUAAUAACAAAAAUUUCCAAGUUGGAACUGGACCAAAUUUGUUAUAUCCAGCAGCCGGUGGAUCAGAUGAUUGGGCUAUUGCACUUGGAUCUGUUAAAUAUGCUUACACUUACGAGUUACGACCAAGAACAUCAGGUGAAGGUGGAUUUGUUUUGCCUACAAGUGACAUCAUUCCUAGUGGAGAGGAAUUAUACGCGUCCUUCUACUCUCUAGCUCAAAGUUUCGCCUCAGAUAGUAAGAAAUAA